GGAAGGUGCAUCCGUACUGGUUCAUGGCGGUGAAGGGAUUGACUCUACUUUACAAGUCACUUCUCUUGCCCAUAUUAUUCUAGAUCCACAGUCCAGAACGAUGAAUGGUUUUGAGGCCUUGAUUGAACGUGAAUGGUUACAGGCUGGUCAUCCAUUCCAGCAGCGAUGUGCUCAGUCAGCCUAUUCUAAUUUGAAGCAGAAGAAUGAAGCUCCUACAUUUCUCCUGUUCCUGGAUUGCUGUUGGCAGAUCCAACGCCAGUUCCCAUGCUCUUUUGAAUUUAAUGAACAGUUUCUAAUAGUGUUGUUUGAACAUGCUUAUGCCUCCCAGUUUGGGACGUUCUUGGGCAACAAUGAAAACGAAAGACGAAAACUAAAGCUUCAACAGAAAACUGUAUCUCUCUGGUCCUGGAUGAAUAGACCAAAAGAACUGGAGAAGUACUUCAACCCCCUCUAUGAAGCUAACAGCCUAGUUAUCUGGCCUUCAGUGGCACCACAAAGUUUGCAGCUGUGGGAAGGUGUGUUUCUCCGAUGGAACCGUUCCUUAAAAUACUUAAAUGAGGCCUGGGAUGAAAUAACUCACAUCAUUGAAUAUAAUAAGGAUCUACAGGCAAAAGUAAACGCACUUCGACGACAGCUAGCUGAACUGCAAACAGAAGACUAAAACUUGAAAACCCUUGACAGCAAUUUUUGAAUCAUUACAUUUACUACAUUUAAAAGUAAUAAUUUGUGUAUGAUGUGCAUGUCUCAAUCCCUGAGUAUACUGGCAUGUCGAGCUCUCUACAGUGAGAACCUUUCAAUGAAUCCUAACUAUUGGUAACAUUGAUAAUGUAGAUGAUGUCUUGACUGUUACUUUGUAGAAGAAUGUUUACAGGUAUGGUUUUAAAGUAAAAUCAUUUGUGCAAACUUUGGAGCUGACCAUCCUGUGGAGUAAAUAUUUUUUUGCAUUUUUUUCUUGGAUUAAGUAUUGCACAAAUUAUACAAAAAUUUCUUUAAAUUAUCUUGCCUCUAAAUUUCACAUUAGGCUAUUGUGUUUGGCUUUUUAAGCGUGCAUCAACAUGUAGCUUUAACUGGAUUAACAAUUACAUCAAAAUAGUGAAUUGUGCAAUUUAAGGCAAUUAUGAGUACUGUAAGGCCUGAAUCUUUGGGUAAGAAAAUUAUUGAUUUUAGACUUUUUCAUCAGGUAUUGAACUGGUUGAUGUUUCUGCAUUGUGCCAGAAGCAACGUUCCUCAGAAAUUAUGAUUUAACUAGUAGCAAUUGAAAUUUCUUCAUGUGGAAAUAAUCCACCCCAAACUGUUACAAACAAAGGCCACUGCAAGCACAGCCAGAUAGUUGUGUAUGUCUACCAAUGCCAAAUGUCAAAACUUAAAGCCUUAAAAUACUUAGUUUAACAGUCCAUUAACUGAAAUAAGAAAGCGCUUAACAGUGCUGGAUGAAAUAAAUUCUGAUUCUGUUGAGAUGUAUUUUGCAAGUGAGAUCUUUCAGUGCUGCAUGUAUGAAUUGUAAAUGAUUUGUAAUUGGUUUCAAGUGCAUUUGUAAUAAAACUAAAUUAAAUGGUUAGAUUAUUUUCACAUGUGAAGACAGUCAACAGUCAAAAUAGUUAUUAAUCUGGAAAGUAGAUAAUGUUACAUUUUGCUAGCACACAGUAAAUAGCAGUUUAAAAAAGGUACAGAAACUAUGCCUCAUGAGAAUAUACAUAGUUCAUCAAACAAACAAGGCCUCUAAAUCCAUAGCUCUAAUCUGAGUUUUUGGACUUCUGAUAUCAUUGUCUGCCCCGAAGAAGAAUAUACUUUACCUUUAUCAACCUUUGUAAUGUCCCGUAGUAACACGGCUGAAUGAAACCCAUUUCUACAUUUCUUUAAAUAUAUUUGAAUGAAUUGCAACCAUAUCAAGCAAAGUAUAUUUUCAAAAUUUAGCUGAGCUGGAGAUUUAUUUCAUUUAAAUGUUUCUGAUUAAGAAGUUUCAGUUUAAAAUUUGAAUUUGAAAUGUUGCCAAAUUUUGGCUGAUAGCAAAAUGAAAAGUUUCUAUUCUUCAUUUGGAAUAGCACUUUAUAUCCUUUCAUCAGAAAAUGUCCCUGUUGAAACUUGAGCUUGCUUGUCCUCCUGUGUUUGAGGGCAUUGUAUGUGAUAUAAGCUAAUGUUUGAAGUGAGCUCGAAGUAGUGUCACUGAUGCUGCAGAGCAGUGUGCACAACAAAUUAAUGUCAGUCGCUAUUGGUCUUUAGUUAUGCAUAUGCUUGUAUAGCUAUUGUACUGCUAGAUCUUUGUCUGAUCAUGCCAACAUUUUAAAAAAUAUUUAUAUCACACUACAUUUAAUUCUUUAUUUUCAAAUGUGAUAGAUGAACAAUGUUAAUGAAAUAAAAGUUGACCUUGAUGGUUUUAAAGUUUGUAUUGGAUAGCACACAACCUUCAUUCUUGAGGCCUUCUGCGUCAGUCAAGUAAUUGAAUAUUUCUAUCGUGCUUAAAAGAUGGAUGUCAUAUCUACUUCACUCAAGUGAGUGCCUCUUACACUUGUUCUUGCCCCAAAUCCCAUUUCACGUCUCUGAUGAGAAAAGAUUUUAUCCUCCUUGUCUUAAGGCAGCCAUUCUGUCAGAUUUUUGGGCGUACGUAUUUUCCCAGAGAUGGUUGUGAUUGUUGCUGGCAGAAUUUUGUGACACCAAAUUAAUUCUUUUAACAAAGUAGGAUCACAUUCUUCAACUAAGCUUCAUCAAAUCUAAGGUACAGUUUGCUUAUGCUAAGUGCAUUUUUUUUUAAGCAAGUAGCAUGAAUGCUAGAUUUCUGGCUUGUUUCAAAAAAAUUUCUUGGUGUUCUACCAAGUUGUCCUUUUUACCUUUUGUUCUGUGGUGUUAGUGAGAUUGACUUGGUGUCGAUGGGAAAUAGGUGGAAGCAUGUAAUUACUUUUGUUUAACUAAUUUUUCCAUGGACUGGGAAAAGUUAUACUAGACAUGUUGCACUGUCAUAAUGCUUUGUAUAAACUUAUUCUAAGCUUGGUAAUCGUGGUAAAUCAUUCUGUGUUGCAGGACAUACACUGUCAUUCCAUUGUGCUAAAUGAUAUUGCCUUCAAUCUAUUCAGUUAUGUGAACCAAAUGUUUUUGUGUAUAUUUAAAAACUAGUUAAAACUUUCCUAGAUACUCAAGUGCAUGUUUUCUUAAUUAAUAUCAAAAUUGUAAUCUUUAGACAGUGAAGUUCAGGAAUCAUGAGAAGUGCUGUGAGCUGCGAUAAUUCAGUAUGUGCUGUUUAAGUAGUUCAUUGCAUACAUUGGCUUGAAUUUUGUACUUCUAAAUAUACCAAACUUGAGACUACAUGGAGCCUAUCUGCUGCAUUCAUUAGCACUUGUAUUCUGCAAAGGCACCAUGCAUUGUUCUAGAUGACUCUUUGAAAUAAUAAAAUUUAAAAUUAUACUCGGGAA